AUGGAUCCAUGGGAAGGCAGCUCCUUGACCCGAAACCCAUUUGCCUGGAUCCGCGAAGCUUUCACUUCCACCGAACAAGACGUCGUUAAGCUGUCCGGCGUCGAUACCGCCGUCUACUUCGUCUUCUUGAGCACUGUUCUUGGGAUAUUUGCUUUGUCGGCUCUUCUUCUCUUGCCGACUCUACUCCCUUUAUCCGCUACUGACAACAGCUUAAAGACCUCAAGGAACGUCACUGACACCACAAGUAACGGAACCUUUAGCCAACUUGAUAAUCUAUCUAUGGCUAACAUCACUAGAAGGAGUUCAAGGCUGUGGGCGUUCCUAGGAGCGGUUUACUGGGUAUCCGUAGUCACAUAUUUUAUGUUAUGGAAAGCUUACAAGCACGUCGCUGCACUGAGAGCUGAAGCUCUGAUGUCUAGUGAAGAAGUAUUACCAGAGCAAUACGCUAUUCUCGUUAGGGACAUACCUUCCCCACCUAACGGAGAGACGCAGAAAGAGUUCGUAGACUCUUACUUCAGAGAAAUCUACCCAGAGACAUUCUACAGAUCCCUUGUCGUAACAGAAAACAGCAAGAUUAAUAAGAUAUGGGAAAACUUGGAAGGCUACAAGAAGAAGCUCGCGCGCGCAGAAGCGGUCUUUGCAGCCACCAGUAACCGGCCAAUGAACAAAACCGGCUUGCUCGGGCUAGUGGGAGAGCGAGUAGACAGCAUUGACUAUUACACAAAGCUGAUCAACGAGUCUGUAGCCAAACUAGAAGCAGAACAAAGAACGGUUCUCGCCGAGAAGCAGCAAACCGCAGCGGUUGUGUUCUUCACGGACCGUGUCACUGCAGCUCUAGCUGCUCAGUCACUACACUGCCAGAUGGUUGAUAAAUGGACGGUGACCGAAGCUCCCGAGCCUCGCCAGCUCAUCUGGGAGAAUCUCAAGAUCAAGUUCUUCAGCAGAAUAGUCAGACAGUACUUGAUCUACUUCCUCGUUGCGAUAACUAUAUUGUUCUACAUGAUCCCUAUAGCGUUUGUCUCUGCGAUCACCACUCUUGGGAAUCUCCAGAAGGCUCUUCCCUUCAUUAAACCGAUCGUGGAGAUUGCUUUUAUAAGAACCAUCUUGCAGUCUUACCUUCCUCAGAUUGCGCUCAUUGUCUUCUUGGCGAUGCUUCCUAAGUUCCUCAUGUUCUUAUCCAAGUCAGAAGGGAUUCCUUCGCAGAGUCAUGCUAUUAGAGCUGCCUCCGGGAAGUACUUUUACUUCUCGGUGUUGAAUGUCUUCAUCGGUGUGACACUUGCAGGGUCUUUGUUUGAUAACUUGAAGGCUCUUGAGACGAAACCAAACUCCAUCGUUACCGUUUUGGCUACUAGUCUCCCUAAGAACGCUACUUUCUUCUUGACAUACGUUGCUCUCAAGUUCUUUGUUGGUUAUGGUCUUGAGCUGUCUAGGAUCAUACCGUUGAUAAUAUUCCAUUUGAAAAAGAAGUAUCUAUGCAAAACUGAAGCCGAGGUCAAAGAAGCUUGGUAUCCAGGAGACUUGAGCUACGCGACUAGGGUUCCUAGCGACAUGCUCAUCCUCACAAUCACCUUCUGCUACUCCGUAAUCGCUCCUUUGAUCCUCGUGUUCGGUGUUAUCUACUUUGGUUUAGGUUGGCUCAUCCUAAGGAACCAGGCGUUGAAAGUGUAUGUUCCAUCGUACGAGAGCUACGGGAGGAUGUGGCCGCAUAUUCACACCCGCAUACUAGCGGCGUUGUUUCUGUUUCAACUGGUUAUGUUUGGUUACUUGGGAGCCAAGCUAUUCGUUUGGGCGACUCUUUUGGUUCCUCUCAUAUUCAUCUCUCUCAUCUUCGGUUACGUGUGCCGUCAGAAAUUCUACAAAGGGUUCGAACACACGGCUCUAGAGGUGGCUUGCCGGGGGCUGAAGCAGAGACCGGACCUCGAGGAGGUUUUCAGAGCGUACAUUCCGCAUAGCUUGAGCACUCACAAAGGAGAUGAUCACCAGUUCAAAGGAGCAAUGUCUCGUUACCAAGACUAUGCUGCUAUAUCAGCUGCUUAA